AUGGCUACAACGGCCUCUGAUAUCAAUAAUCUUACAGAACAGCAACAGCUAGCCUUGCAGACUUACUCCUCUGUCACUGAUCAAGAUAUCGAAACGGCAAUUCCCUUACUCCGAAGAUCGCAGUGGAACGUCGAGAUAGCGAUUGCAAAAUUUUUCGAUGGUGAAACUCUUGAUCCAGCCGUGGAAGCCAUUUCAUCUCAGGGUCCAUCCAUCGCUAGGCCUAGGAGACUCGAAAAUCUCCAGGAAACCGCUCUUUUAAAUUCCGUACUCCCUUCAGUACGUCAACCACGGCCAGAUCCUGCACCGCGGAUAGUACCUCAACUUGAUGCCGAUGAGAUUUGCAAACCACCAUUCAUUUUAGCCCUUUUUCUAACCCCUUUCAAUCUUGUAUACAAAUCUGUUCUUUCUUCGCUCAGCAUCCUUGCCUACCUAGUUCCAUUGACCAGAUUUAUUCGACUUCGGAAUAGCGCUUCGUAUCAACAAAGUCUAGGUCGCCGCCCGUUGAAACCUCGUGACUCGGCUGCUCGGCUAAAGCGGGAAUUUGAGGAAGAAUAUGGCCCCAACAGGCUCCCUUUCUACGAAGGCGGCUAUGCCCAGGCUCUCGAUCUCGCAAAGGCCGAACUGAAAUUUCUCGUAAUUGUCUUAUUCUCCCCAGAACAUGAUGAAACCACAAAGUUUGUGAGGGAUACCCUGCUAGACGCACAUGUUCAGGCAUAUUUGAGCGAUGAGAGUUCCAAUAUUAUCCUUUGGGGAGGCGAUGUGAGGGAUACGGAAGCAUACCAAGUCUCGGCUGCGGUUAAGUGUUCCGAGUUCCCCUAUACAGCCGUGGUGGCACAUACCCCAGUUAUUUCCUCCACCUCCAUGUCGGUCAUAACAGCCCUCUCCGGUCCUACGAGCGCCGUCAAUUAUCUUUCUAAACUAAGGUCUUGUAUACUCAAACAUGAAGAACAACUGGUGGCAACACGUGCCAGCCGGUUAGCCCAGAAGUUUGAGCGCACGUUGAGGCAGGAGCAGGACUCGGCGUAUGAGAGGAGUCUCGCGCGUGAUAAAGAAAGGGCAAGACUAAAGAGGCAGGCAGAGGAAGAAGCUGCAGAGUCUGAGCGCCAGCGGAAAUGUCACGAAGCAGCUAAGGCCCUACUCGCAGAGAAAAGGCUACAGUGGCGAAAAUGGCGGGCGACGACCAUCAAGCCCGAGCCUGGACUCGAUGAGGAGGGAAUUGUACGAAUCGGGUUUCGAAUGCCAGAAAAACUUGGAGCCGCUCGAAUUACGCGCAGGUUUAGAAGUGAUGAUAGUAUUAAAGAACUCUAUGCUUUUAUUGAGUGCUUUGAGUUCAUACAGGAAGGUAACAUCGAAGAUGUCGCCAAACCAGAGCAGUAUGAUCACCAAUUUGAAUUUCAACUCGUCCAAAGCUUGCCUAGGGUCGUCUACAAUGUAACAGACGAAGCAACUGUCGGCGAGAAGGUCGGCAAGAGUGGGAACAUGAUCGUGGAAUUACUUAAUAUAGAUGACUAUGAUACGGAUCAAUAG